AUGAAUCGAUUAAUACGAUUAGGAUGGAAAUUUUUACAUGGACCACGUAUUUAUUUCAUUUAUUCGUCACCGCAAUCAAUUUACCCAUCAAAUUCAUUUGAAUCGAUGGGUGAUUCCAUGUUAUCAUUUAUGAAAGGUACUCUGAAUGUCUGCAUCGCCCUGUCACCGAUUCUUUUCAUGGUUGCGUAUAAUAGAUCACUGCUGAAUGCGGCGAAUAUUUUGAAUUUGACGAAAUUUUUGUUUGUUUACUAUUCGGUUGCAAUUGGAACGAGAACACUUGGACGUGUCACAAAUGAGGAUUAUUGCAAAUUUGCCGAUUUAUUGUUGUUAGCGGAUGAGAAUGAAGACAUGAAAAACAACUCACACCUAAGAAUGCAGUUGGCUGAUUACGACUAUCAGAUUUUCGCAGCUCCAAUAGAUUUCAAGGCACGUCGUCGCGAUAGUCUCUCAAUGAACACAUACAUCGAUGAAAUUCCUUCUGAUAUGAAUAUGUUGCUAUCACCAUUCCGCGAUGCACUUGCUUAUGUACUCGUCAAUACUUUUGGCAGACGUAUGGUAUACCCGGGAAGUGUUACUUUAUUCAAUAUGCUCGUCUCGAAUUUCGUUAUUGAAGCGAGACGGAAAUUGAUCGUCGAAAAGGGUGGUAAACGAGCGAUUAUAGAAACACAGGAUGCGAAUAGAAUUGACACGAUGUUUGUGGAUAAUCGUGGUAAGAGUGACAAUGGCAACAUAUUGGUGGUAACGUGCGAGGGGAAUGCUGGUUUUUAUGAAACUGGAAUUAUGGUCACUCCGUUAUCUUUGGGAUAUUCGGUUCUCGGAUGGAAUCAUCCUGGUUUCGCUGAGAGUAGUGGUCAACCGUCUCCAUCAGAGAUUAAGAAUGCAGUUGAUAGUGUAAUGCAGUACGCAAUCGAAAAGCUUGGCUUUCGUGAGGAAGACAUCACCAUAUAUUCGUGGUCGAUCGGUGGAUUCCCAGGCACGUGGGCUGCUGCUAAUUAUCAAAAUAUUAAAGGUCUGAUAUUGGAUGCAACAUUCGAUGAUCUCUUACCCCUUGCUGAAGCAAGAAUGCCGAAAUCAUGUGCGUCAAUCGUGAAAUACGCUGUCAGAACCUAUAUUAAUCUUCCGGUUGCGAAACAGUUAUCGUUAUAUAAUGGUCCAGUAUUAUUAAUUCGUCGUUCGCAAGAUGAAAUGAUCAUAACUUCGGAAGGUGGCACUGACGAGGAACGAAAAGCGUCUAACCGUGCUAAUUAUCUACUUAAAUCAUUAAUACGCUCAAGGCAUCCAGGUCUCAUCGAUGACGGCUUUGAGAUUUAUGUGGAUCAGUGGUUGUCUGCCGAAGUAAUCGAACGACUAACAAUAACCACUGAUAAUGUGAACGUAAAACCAUCGGUAUCAUUAAACCAUAAUUACAGUGAACUGUCUGAAUAUGAACGUAUUCAGUUGAUUUUCAAGAUAUGUUCAAAAUAUUUUGUUGACUAUGAUUCUACACACAAUGUUCCUUUGGAGCCGUUGUUGUUCAACAUACCUACUUCCGUUUAA